AAGGAUCGCUUUGGCCCGGCCCGGCCCGCACGGCGCUGGGCGCGGAGAACGGCCAUGCCGCCGCGGCGCAGUAUCGUGGAGGUGAAGGUGCUGGACGUGCAGAAGCGGCGCGUGCCCAACAAGCAUUAUGUCUACAUCAUCCGAGUCACGUGGUCCAGUGGCGCCACGGAGGCCAUCUACCGGCGCUACAGCAAGUUCUUUGACCUCCAGAUGCAGAUGUUGGACAAGUUCCCCAUGGAAGGAGGACAGAAAGACCCCAAGCAGAGGAUCAUUCCAUUUCUGCCAGGCAAAAUCCUCUUCCGCCGCAGCCACAUCCGGGACGUAGCCGUCAAACGCCUGAUACCAAUUGAUGAAUAUUGUAAGGCCCUGAUCCAGCUGCCCCCCUACAUCUCUCAGUGUGAUGAGGUUCUGCAGUUUUUCGAGACAAGACCUGAGGACCUGAAUCCUCCCAAAGAGGAGCAUAUUGGGAAGAAGAAAUCAGGGAAUGACCCGACCUCAGUGGACCCUAUGGUCCUGGAGCAGUAUGUGGUAGUGGCAGACUAUCAGAAGCAGGAGAGCUCAGAGAUCAGCCUCAGUGUGGGCCAAGUAGUGGACAUCAUUGAGAAGAAUGAGUCAGGUUGGUGGUUCGUCAGCACUGCUGAAGAGCAGGGCUGGGUCCCUGCAACCUGCCUGGAAGGCCAGGAUGGCGUGCAAGAUGAGUUCUCCCUCCAGCCUGAGGAAGAGGAGAAAUAUACGGUCAUCUACCCGUACACAGCUCGUGACCAGGAUGAAAUGAACCUAGAGCGAGGGGCUGUGGUGGAGGUCGUCCAGAAGAACCUGGAGGGCUGGUGGAAGAUCAGGUACCAGGGCAAAGAGGGCUGGGCCCCUGCUUCCUACCUAAAGAAGAACAGUGGGGAGCCCUUGCCCCCAAAGCUUGGCCCCAGCUCACCUGCUCACUCGGGUGCCCUCGACCUGGAUGGUGUUUCCCGGCAUCAGAAUGCUAUGGGCAGGGAGAAGGAGCUGCUGAACAACCAGAGGGAUGGCCGGUUUGAAGGUCGCCUGGUGCCCGAUGGUGACGUUAAGCAGAGAUCACCAAAGAUGAGGCAAAGACCCCCUCCUCGCCGAGACAUGACCAUUCCUCGAGGCCUCAACCUGCCGAAGCCCCCCAUCCCACCCCAGGUGGAGGAAGAGUACUACACCAUCGCUGAGUUCCAGACCACCAUCCCAGAUGGCAUCAGCUUCCAGGCGGGCCUGAAGGUGGAGGUGAUUGAGAAGAGCCUAAGUGGUUGGUGGUACAUUCAGAUGGAAGAUAAGGAGGGGUGGGCCCCAGCGACCUUCAUUGACAAGUAUAAGAAGACCAGCAGUGCCUCGAGGCCCAACUUUCUGGCCCCCUUGCCUCAUGAGAUGACCCAGCUCCGGCUUGGGGAUGCAGCUGCAACAGAGAACAAUACGGGUCCAGAAGCCGUGGGGCCCUCCAGACCCCUGCCUGAGGCACCACACGGUGCUGUGGACUCUGGGAUGCUCUGGUCCAAAGACUGGAAAGGAGGAAAAGAGGCCCCAAGAAAGGCAUCUUCAGACCUGUCUGCGUCAACAGGAUAUGAGGAGAUCUCGGACCCCACACAGGAGGAGAAGCCCAGCCUCCCUCCACGCAAAGAGUCCAUCAUCAAGUCUGAAGAGGAGUUGCUGGAGAGGGAAAGACAGAAGAUGGAGCCGCUCCGGGGCUCCUCCCCCAAGCCCCCUGGCAUGAUAUUGCCAAUGAUUCCAGCAAAGCAUGCCCCGCUGGCCCGGGACAGCAGGAAACCAGAGCCCAAACUUGACAAGAGCAAGUUCCCGCUGAGAAAUGACAUGGGGUUAGAGUGUGGCCACAAGGUGCUGGCCAAGGAAGUGAAAAAGCCCAACCUCCGGCCCAUCUCCAGGUCUAAAGCUGAGCUGUCCGAGGAGAAGGUGGACCCCACCUCCCAGAAUCUGUUCAUGAAGUCUAGACCUCAGGUUAGGCCCAAACCAACUCCUUCCCCCAAGACAGAGCCAGCUCAGAGUGAAGACCACGUGGAUAUCUACAACCUCAGGAGCAAGCUCAGACCUGCCAAGUCUCAAGAGAAAGCCUUAUUGGAUGGAGAAAGCCACCAUGCUGCUGGGAGCCAUGACACAGCCCUCAGCAGAAGCUUCCUUCCCGGGGAGGGACCUGGCCAUGGCCAGGACAGGUCUGGCAGACAGGAUGGGCUGAGUCCAAAGGAGACACCCUGCAGAGCCCCUCCCAGGCCAGCCAAGACCACAGACCCUGGGCCCAAGAAUGUGCCUGUGCCUGUCCAAGAAGCAACCCUGCAGCAAAGACCUGUGGUCCCACCUCGAAGACCCCCACCCCCCAAGAAAACCUCCUCGUCACCACUGUCGUGCAGGCCCCUUCCAGAGGUCAGAGGGGCACAGCGUGAAGAAAGCAGAGUCGCUCCUGCUGCAGGCCGGGCCCUCCUUGUCCCUCCAAAAGCCAAACCCUUCCUCUCUAACUCCUCAGUGGGCCAAGAUGACAUGCGAGGCAAAGGUGGGCUGGGGCCACGCGUCACUGGCAAGGUGGGAGAAACCAGAGAGAAGGCGGCUUCCUUCCUCAAUGCCGAUGGCCCAAAGGACUCACUUUACGUGGCCGUGGCCAACUUUGAAGGAGAUGAAGACACCAGCAGCUUCCAGGAAGGGACAGUGUUUGAAGUCCGGGAGAAGAACAGCAGUGGCUGGUGGUUCUGCCAGGUCCUCAGUGGGGCUCCUUCCUGGGAAGGCUGGAUUCCUUCCAACUACCUCCGGAAGAAACCCUAGCUUCCCCGCCCUGCCGGGAGGCCCAGCAGUCCCUGCUAGCCUUCCCCACGUAUUUAAUACGCAUCUUAAUUUAUCAGUCUCCACAUCAUUUCGAGGAAGGUGGCCAUUGGGAUGCUGUGAUAUCCUGUAGCCUGGGGUCUGAUUCUCCUGUUGUGGCUUCUCCAGAAGUCUCAAAAGCCACAGCCUUUGCCAGGUAGAAACCACGUUACCAUCCUUGUCUGUGGUAGAACCCAUCCUCAUAGGCAACAUCUUGUUAUCCAGAAGCAGGAUAGUGACACAGACCCCCAGAACUGACACCAGCCACCUGGAAGACUUCCAGACCACCCUCAAUGCUCAAUUUGGCAUAGAGGGACAGCCUCACAGCCUGUGACAACUCGCUCUAACUUCUCCAUGUUACCAGAAGCCCAGUCAUGGCUUUGUUCACCGUUCUCAGAAUACCUGGUGCCAGGAAGAACCGAGUCCCGAAAGAAUCAGCCUCCGGGGUUUCUGCUUCUAAGUCCUGAGCAGCUGCAGCUGCCCUCAAGUGGUCCUAGAGAUUCACUCGGUUAUCCUGCCUUGGACCGUGAUCAGUCCUAAAGGAGCACGCUUCACUUCACUGCUAAAGCCACUGGUCCAUUCAGGGCUUUUAAAUUCCAAUUCCCACCCACCUCCCUCAGUCCCUGGAACAAGAGUCUCCACGUUUGUUUAAGUAAGGGGCCAGUCCUUCACAAGGCACAUGGUCCAUGAGUGCUUCUUUGCCUAGUAGGUGCCAAACUGCCCUUGGCCUUCUGCCUUCAGGUUCUGUCAACCAGGCUCCCUCCCCUGUCUAUUGCACCCAUUUUCUAGUUGAGGAAAGUGAGGCUCUACAGGCCCCAGGAUAUGCUAGGUAGGAAGUGGCUGAAGGAGGCUUGAGUCCAGGUCUGCCUGACCCCAGUAUCCAUGCUCUUCUCCCUGCAAGAACAACCAGAGAGGGAAGAGAUGGAGGUUGACUGGGUAUCAGGGUAGGUGGCCUGGGGGCUUCCUUAUGUUAUGAGCAAAGGGAUGGUAGUGACUGCCCUGGACUCACAGCUGUCUCUGCAGGACAGGGUGUACCCUGGAUCCUUAGUAGCAGUUACAAAGCUUAUAGCCUGAUACCCUGUGUGUGGAAGAGAAAUAAAGGAAGCCGAGGCACUGUCCCUCUGGUGGCUAAGGACCAGCAGCUUGGUCUGUGCCAAACUAAGAACAGUACCCAAGGGCCUGUAGUGUCCUGCCCCAGCAGCAGCUGCUGCUCCGUGUAGAACAGUUGGCUUUUUAGCGUGCUCUUUCCCUGGGAGAAGCCCAGGGUAGCCCUUCCCUAUUUUGACCAAUAGACGGCUAAGGCCUGGAGAGGUCCACUUAGUUAUUGCAGAGCUAAAAAUCAGGACCCAGAUUUCUAGCUCCCAGCCCAGACCAACUUGUACCUAUGAAUGGGCUUCCUGUGAAAGCGGGGUAGGGUUGGGAGGGCCAAGCUCCAUCCCAUCCCACAGUCCCUACAGAAGAGGGGACAGCCCUGUCUGGUUCUACACUUCCCCAGUGUUCAUUUUUAAUGUGGUUUGGAAACCACGAAGCCCCCUUUCCCAAGAUGCUUGCAUCUUACUUGCAGUGCCAAAGAUUUUGUGCAAGGGGAUCCUUUCUGCACCCCACCCCUGCCCAACUCUCUCUGCUUUCCUCUGACCCACCUGGCGCUGUCACUCUCUUCCUCUGUUCAGCCUGCAGUCCCCUACGCCCCACCCCCACCCCCCAGCACUGGGCCUGGGUAGGAGGCACCUGAAGGAUGACCCUGCUUAGUCUGUGCCCUGGGCCUCGGGGGAAAGCGGCAGUUAGGGAGAGGGGAAGCUGAGAGAGUCUUCAGCUCUGGAGCAGCACUUGAGAGCCUCAUGCCCACACCCACGCUGUGCAGGAAUCCUCAUAGCUUUCUAUUUGUUGGUGGUUUUUGAGUUUCGACACCUCUGCUUGACCAGCUUUCUGAAGCCGUUUUACAGGCCUUUGGUUGUUGCUGUUUUGUUUUUCCUGCUUGCACUUGGCUCUCUGUGACCUUCUCAAGUAUUUUACAAGUCCCUUCUAUGCCGCAGAUGCUGGGUAGACCAGGGAGCGGGGAGGGGGGCAUCACCCUGCACUGAAGAACUGAGCUUUGCCCACUAGCUCCAGUGAAGAAGUCAUCUGCCUUCUACCCUCCUCUCUGGUCAGCUGAGGCAGAGCAGACAGGCCUUCCUGUGGGCAAUGAGAGAAUUUACCUUUUGUCCUAUCCUUGUGCUGCUGUGAACUGUAUGUGUGCCGGGUUCCCUUUCUGUUCACUGUCUUUUUCUUGGGUCACACACACAGUCUGAAGGUUUCUGUGGCAAGCUCCAUCGGCCAUAGUGCUUCAUCACUAGCCUGGGCAACCGGAAGCGAGUGGGUCUGCAGAGCCAAGUCACUCACCCAAUUUCCCUUGCCUGGGACUUAGCUUUUCAACAUCCAGGACUGUGGUCACUCCUGUCGGGAUGGAGCAUAUAUGCCAGACUCCCCCUCACCCCCCAUCCCUGCCUACUUCCAAGGCCAGGGUAGCAAUGUCUGGGCCAAUCACAGAUCAGAUCACCGACACAAACUUGUGCCCCUCCCCUGCAACUAACAUUCACAUCAACUCUGUUGAUGUGAUGGCAGGGACCACCUCAAUACAUAAUGGGAAAGUUAAGGUAUGGAGAGUGAAGUCACAUCCUGCCUUGUUCAGGUUCGGGCCACCAGCAAAGAAAUGUUACAGUUCUGAUUUUAGGUGUCUCUCCCUCAAUCCCCUGACCAAACAUUGGUCAUUGACCAGAUGGCCCCUCUUGGAUGAACCCUGCUCUCUGGCUCCAUGGUUGCAUUGUUUCUGCCUGAGAGUAAGUAUAGUACCCUGCCUCUGGAAACCUGGGCUUGAAAACAGCCAUUGCUAGAUGGAAACUUUGCUUAUAUUUUCUGGCCAGAGUCACUCUUGGCCAUUUAUGUUAAUACCAUGGCUCCCGGCUGAGGCCAGGGGUGGUCUGUGCUCCAGCUACUUCUAGUCCUGCCAGGAAAUGGCAAGAGCCAUGCUAGGCGCUCACAGGCGGGGUGUUUUGUUUUGUUUUGUUUUGUUUUGUUUUUGAGCCUCUGCCACCAGACCGCCCCAUAGAGUUGAUUUCUAUGGCACAGUUCUUGACCUUAAACUGUCUCUGAACCCACUGGGGACUUGGGGAGUGGAUGGAAAGUGGGGAUACAUGUGCUUCACUAAAGAACAGGUGCCAAAUCUCCCCACAAGAACUUAGGACAGACAGUCUAGUGUUUAUCGCCAAAUUCUGGCCCUUAGUGAGAGGAAGAAACUGACCAUCUAAGGAGAGUGGUGUGGAGUUGUGGUGCAGCCAGAAAGCAAUGGCCCGAAUGUGUGGGCCCCAGGCUCCAUCCCCAGCAUCACAGAUAAACAAGAACCUUAAUGGCUUAGCUCCUGUCCUUCCAUUGAGCCCAGGGCUCUUCAGUGUCGACAUAGUCCAUACCCUGGGAAGCCUUGCCAUUUCUUUGAACAGUGUGGCCAUCUCGGCCCCUUCGGUGGCUGUCUAAACUUUCCUUCAGGGUUUUUCCUGUAUACUAUGGACAGCCAUAUCCUACCACAGACCAAAGAUUCCCUGAAGUCAGAGGGGUGUGGACUGAAUGGGUAGAAAAUUAAUUUGUAUCAAGGCCCAAGGGUUUGCCUUUGCCUGGAAGAAUUGCUCCUAACUUGCUAAGGUUCUAGCAGCAGGACUGACCUGACCCCAAGCAGAGCUGUACAGUUAAGACAAUGGUUCGUACUCCUCACCUCCUGGACAACCGUCCCACAGACCAGACCUUCCUGCUCUAGGGAGUGAUGCUUGGUCCCCGGUGCUAUCUAGUUGAGGUACCAAGCCCCUCAAAUGUGAGGGUUCCAUCUUCUUCCCUGUCUCUGUACUCCUUCCCCAAGGAAGCCCUCUUAGCUCCCAUCAGAAUGAGGGCUUAGCUUCUGUCCUUCAAAAGACCAGACCCGGUGCCAUCGCCAGUGGCCUUCCCUCUCACCUCUGCUUUUAAGAGCAAAGGUGCCCUGCCAGGCUUAUUACAGCAAUAAACAAUUCUAAUGCAAUGGAGGUGUCCGGAUUAUGCCUGCAAUGCCUUUGUGCCCUGUAAUUACUAGUAGCACCUCUCGUACAUACCAGAGAGUGUGAUAAACUGUGGUCACCUUAGCCAUACAUGGUUCCUGUUUCGGGGCCACUGAGGUUGCUUCUAACAUCCCUCCAGAAACAGUGGGCUCUAGACAGCGUGGCCCACUGUAUUCAUGGGCCCACAGCUGGUGCUGGGAACCCCUGGGUUCUCAGCCCUUCUCACACCCCCUAGGCCAACUGACAGGUCCUGGUGGUGGCUUUUAUCUCCCGUGAGUGUUUAAUGUGAGGGGGCAGGGGAUGAACACCUAGCUGUAGCAUGUAGAGACUGUAUACCAUUAGUCUUUUCUUUUUUAAAAUAAUAAAAUGCUUGACUGGUUUCAAGCUUCGUUGUAAAGAUGUAGUGUUUGUGGAUUUCAUCUGGCUGAAAGAGAUACAUGCCCCGGUGUCUGGACUUCAUGCGUUGGUGUCUGCACUUGAGCUCUUUGUGUCUGAAGAAGAGAAAUAAACAGAAUCUGUUCAAGCAUUGCCUAGAAA